CCCAGGCCCCGCCAGCCUGGAUGGACUAGCCGAGGCCAUGGCCGGCGCGGCGGCGGGGUCAGGGAGGGAGCUGAGGGCCUUCGCGGGGUCCCGGGACCGGAGGGCACCGCGGCUAGCCUACGGCUACGGCUACGGCCCGGGCAGCCUGCGCGAGAUGCGGGCGCGCGAGUUCGGCCGCCUGGCAGGAACUGUCUACCUUGACCAUGCGGGUGCCACCUUGUUCUCCCAGAGCCAGCUCGAAAGCUUCACUAGUGAUCUCAUGGAAAACAUUUAUGGUAAUCCUCACAGCCAGAACAUCAGCAGCAAGCUCACCCAUGACACUGUGGAGCAGGUGCGCUACAGAAUCCUGGCGCACUUCCACACCACCGCAGAGGACUAUACUGUGAUCUUCACUGCUGGGAGCACGGCUGCUCUCAAACUGGUGGCAGAGGCCUUUCCGUGGGUGUCCCAGGGCCCAGAGAGCAGCGGGAGUCACUUCUGUUACCUCACCGACAGCCACACCUCCGUAGUGGGUAUGAGGAACGUGACCAUGGCUAUAAAUGUCAUGUCCACCCCGGUCAGGCCAGAGGACCUGUGGUCUGCAGAGGAACGUGGUGCUUCAGCCAGUGACCCAGACUGCCAGCUGCCGCAUCUCUUCUGCUACCCAGCUCAGAGUAACUUUUCUGGAGUCAGAUACCCCCUGUCCUGGAUAAAAGAGGUCAAGUCUGGGCAGUUGCGCCCUGUGAGCACGCCUGGGAAGUGGUUUGUGCUGCUUGAUGCAGCCUCCUACGUGAGCACCUCGCCUUUGGACCUGUCAGCUCACCAGGCUGACUUUGUCCCCAUCUCCUUCUAUAAGAUCUUCGGGUUUCCUACAGGCCUGGGCGCUCUGCUGGUCCAUAAUCAUGCGGCUCCUCUACUGAGGAAGACCUACUUUGGAGGAGGCACAGCCUCUGCGUACCUAGCAGGAGAAGACUUCUACAUCCCGAGACUGUCGGUAGCUCAAAGGUUUGAAGAUGGCACCAUCUCAUUCCUUGAUGUUAUUGCGCUAAAACAUGGAUUUGACACCCUAGAGCGCCUCACAGGUGGAAUGGAGAAUAUAAAGCAGCACACCUUCACCUUGGCUCAGUAUACCUACGUGGCCCUGUCCUCUCUCCAGUACCCCAACGGAGCCCCUGUGGUGCGGAUUUACAGCGAUUCUGAGUUCAGCAGCCCUGAGGUUCAGGGUCCGAUCAUCAAUUUUAAUGUGCUGGAUGACAAAGGGAACAUCAUUGGUUACUCCCAGGUGGACAAAAUGGCCAGUCUUUACAACAUCCACCUGCGAACUGGCUGCUUCUGUAACACCGGGGCCUGCCAGAGGCACCUGGGCAUAAGCAACGAGAUGGUCAAGAAGCAUUUUCAGGCUGGUCAUGUCUGUGGGGACAAUAAGGACCUCAUAGAUGGGCAGCCCACAGGAUCUGUGAGGAUUUCAUUUGGAUACAUGUCGACGCUGGAUGAUGUCCAGGCCUUUCUUAGGUUCAUCAUAGACACCCGCCUGCACUCAUCAGGGGACUGGCCUGUCCCUCGGGCCCAUGCUGACACCGGGGAGACUGGAGCCCCAACAGCAGAGAGCCAGGCUGAUGUUACACCUGCUGUCAUGGGCAGACGUAGCCUCUCGCCUCAGGAAGAUGCCCUUACAGGCUCCAGGCUUUGGAACAACUCGUCUACUGCUGUGAAUGCUGUGCCUGUGGCCCCCGCUGUGUGUGAUAUCGCCAGAACCCAGCAGACUCCUUCAGAGAAAGCUGCAGGAGUCCUGGAGGGGGCCCUUGGGCCACAUGUUGUCACUAACCUUUACCUCUAUCCAAUCAAAUCCUGUGCUGCGUUUGAGGUGACCAGGUGGCCUGUAGGAAACCAAGGGCUGCUAUAUGACCGGAGCUGGAUGGUUGUGAAUCACAAUGGUGUUUGCCUGAGUCAGAAGCAGGAACCGCGGCUCUGCCUGAUCCAGCCCUUCAUCGACCUGCAGCAAAGGAUCAUGGUCAUCAAAGCCAGAGAGAUGGAAACUCGCUCUGUCUGCCCCAGGCUGGAGUGCAGUGGGCGAUCUCAGCUCAUGCAAGCUCCGCCUUCCAGGUUCACGCCAUUCUCCUGCCUCAGCCUUCUGAGUAGCUGGGACUACAGGCGCCCACAACCACGCCUGGCUAAUUUUUUUAUUUUUAGUAGAGAUGGGGUUUCACCAUGUUAGCCAGGGUGGUCUCGAUCUCCUGACCUUGUGAUCUGCCCGCCCCAGCCUCCCAGAGUGCUGGGAUUACAGGCGUGAGCCACCACGCCCAGUCACUAACCCAUUUUUAAAUUAGGUUAUUUGGUUUUUUGUUUGUUUGUUUACUGCUGAGUUGUAGGAGUUCCUUGUAUAUCUUGGAGGUUAACUACUUUUUCAGAUAAAUGGUUUGAAAAUAUUUUCUCCCAUUCCACAUGUUGCCUUUUCACUUUUUUAAUUGUUCCCUUUGCUGUGCAGAAGCUUUUUAGUUGGAUAUAGUCCCAUUUGUGUAUUUUUGUUUUUGUUACUUGUGCUUUGGGUGUCAUAUUCACAAAGUUAUUGCCAAAACCAAUGUCAUGAAGUUUUUCCCCUAUGUUUUCUUCCAAGAGCUUUAUAUUUUGGGAUCUUGUGCUUAAAUCUCUAAUCCAUUUUGAGUUGAAUUUUUUGUAUGAUGUAAGAUAAGGGUCCAAUUUUAUUCUUUUACAUGUGGAUAUCCAGUUUUCCCAGCACUAUUUGUUGAAAAGACUAUCUUUUCUCCAUUGUGUUUUCUUGACACCCUUUCCAAAGAUCGCCUAACCGUGUAUGCAUGGAUUUAUUUCUGGACUCUCUAGCCUGUUUCAUUAGUCUAUAUAUCUGUCUUCGUGCCAGUACCAUACUGCUUUGAUUACUAUAGCUAUAGUAAUAUAUUUUAAAAUCAGGAACUGUGACGACUCCAGCUUUGUUCUUCUUUCUCAAGAUUAAUUAGUUUAUUUGUCGUCUUUUGUGGGUCUAUAUGAAUUUAAGGAUUGUUCUUUCUAUUUCUGUAAAAAAAUGCCAUUGUGAUUUUGAUAGGGAUUGCAUUGAAUCUGUGGAUUGCUUUGGGCUCUAUAGACAUUUUAACAAUAUUAAUUCUUCUAAUCCAUGAACAUGGAAUUUCUUUCCAUUUGUUUAAUUUCUUGUUUGUGUCUUAUUUAAUUUCUUUCAUCACUGUUUUGUAGUUUUCAGAAUAUGAGUGUUUCACCUCCUUAGAUAAGUUUCUUUUGUUCUUUUAAAAGAGAUUUAGGGUCUCACUCUGUUGCCCAGACGGGAGUGCAGUGGCAUGAUCACAACUCACUGCAGCCUUGAACUCCUGGGCUCAAGCAGUCCUCCCGCUUCAGCCUCCUGAGUAGCUGGGACAACAGGCAUGUGCCACCAUGCCUGGUCUAGAUGAGUUUAUUUCUAGGUAUUGUACUCUUUUUUUGUGCUAUUAUAAGUGGGAUUGGUUUUCUUAUUUCCUUUUCAGAGAGUUUGUUUUUAGUGUAUAGAAAUGCAAUAGAUUUUUGUAUGUUGAUUGUGUAUCCUGUAUCCUGCAAGUUUAUUGAAUUCAUUUAUUAGUUUAACAAUUUUUUAAAAUGGAGUAUUUAGAAUUUUUUAAAUAUAUAAGAUCAUGUUUUUUGAUCUAACAAAGACAAUUUUACUUCCCUUUUCCAAUUUGAAUGUCUUUUAUUUCUUUUUCUUGCCUGAUUGCUCUGACUGGAACUUCCAGUACUAUGUCAAAUAGCGGAGGCAAGAAUGGGCUUCUUUGCCUUGUUCCUGAUCUUAGAGAAAAAGUUUUCAGUUUUCCAUCAUUGAGUAUAAUGUUAGUUGUAGGCUUUUCAUAUGGCAUUUAUUAUCUUGAGGUAACAUGUUCUAUUCCUAGCUUAUUGAGUUUUUAUUAUGAGAGGGUGCUGAAUUUUGUCAAAUGCUUUUUCUGUGUCCAUUGAGAUGAUUAUGUAAUUUUCUCCUCUAUUCUGUUAAUGUAGUAUGUCACAUUAAUUGAUUUUCAUAUUUUGAAUCGUCCUUACAUCCCAGGAAUAAAGCUCACUUUCUCA